AGCAGCAGACAGCAGAUGAUGUGGCGACGCCGCGAUGGGUAUUGUCACUCGAUCGUGACUUUUAUUUUCCCCGACGGAUACUUUCGACUCCGAUACUUCGGUAAUACUACGAUAUACGGUCACGCAUGCACACAUCGUGCGUCAAGGUGGGGAAGACAGUAGAUGGUGAAUGAUGAUAAGUUUUGUGCAGUCGUGCGUUUAUUAUAUAGGUAGGUAUCAUUUUUUUUCCAAUUUCGUUUUUGUUAUUGUUUGGUGGUUACUGCCGGCCCGGGAGUGUUCGAGAACAAAAAUAGGUAUAAAAAAACAGUAUUAGCUACCGACGAUUAUUAUUGACAGCGAUAUAUCUAUCUACUACCUAUUGUUGUAAGUUGUAACUGUGCCGCCACCAUCUUACCAUCAGAAACUCGUGUCGUUUGUUCGGUAGCCUUCCAAUCGAGACUUCUGAAUUUUUGUCGUGCUGUUCGUCGUCAUCGAGGUAAGCACAAUGAGACUCUCCCAAACGGUUUUUGGCGCACCGACGAUGACUGGCUGCACUAUGCCCAUCUCGCGGUGUUUCUCAACAAGAUGAUAUUGAGCUCUGUUAAAAUAUUUAGACGACUGAUACGCCAUUGGUUUGUGUAGACAACUAACUAGAUAGCAUUAGUACGUUUGUCUUACGGGAACCUCUUAUACAUAGUUAUAUUAACACUGAUGCGAUUAGUUGGUUUUUAGUCUAUCUGUAAGCAAUAAACUGUAUAAUUCUAAAGCAAUAAGUAUUUAGACGAUAAUAUUUAUAAUGGAUAUUUUUCCCAUUCGGUCUUGUGUGUGAACAGUAGUUUUUUUAUAGAAAUUUUUGUGUAUUGAUCUCCAUUACGUGCAACUCACUAUUAUCAGGUAAUUCAGUAUACGUACAGUGAUAUUUUUUACACUUUAUUGUGUCUGUUACAUUUGGCAAGUUCAUAAUAAUUUUUAAGCGUAUAUGUAAUUGAAAUGUAGAGUUUUAUAAUAAAUGUAUGACGUAUUGGUAGCACAAAUUUGUACUUGGUAUCAUUUGUUUUUUUUUCAAGAAAUAGGUUAUUAAGUGGGUACACAAAAAAAGUGGUCUUAUAUAGUUACUUACCUAAUAAUAAAAACAAAAUUAUUGUGAAUUAAGUAAUUGUGUUUAAGAAUAUUUUGCUAGGAUAAUAACAUUUACCUAUUUAGUUCAUAUUAAAAUAUUAUGACGAAGAAAUAAUAUAUAGGCACCUAAUACUUACCUACCUAUCUUUAAUAAAAAUGAGUCAUUUAAAAAUUGGUUGGUAGGUAACCUUACACUUUUACAUUCAAAUGUAAAUUAUUAAUACCAAUUAAUAUUAAUACCAACUGUUAGUUUAGUUUUCUAGUCAAUUAUUAUCAAAUAAGUAUCCAUCUAACUCGGUGGUGGUAUGAUAGGGUAUUUUAUGAGGUGAUGGCCUCAUGGUCAAUUGGGUGGCUAAAAAUAAUAAUCAUUGCAAACUGAUAUUUGAUACCUAAUAUUUUAUUGCUUAAAUAAAGGUUUAUUGUUAUUAACAUAAAGUAUAUAUAAAUAUUUAUGUUAAGUUAAUUAUAUUUCACUAAUUUACUUAAACUUUAUGUAUUAAAUUUCGAAUUUAAUGGUAUUUAAUUUAUUUUUAAUCAUAUUUUUAUGAAGAAGAUAAAAUAAAAUAAAUUAUUUGUUAAUUGUAUAAAUUAAUGAAAAAAAAUUAAAAGUCGCUUGUUUUACAUGGCUCGGUAUUUUGGUUAUUAUAGUCUAGUGUUCUCUUGUAUUGACGGAUAGCGAAAUAAAAAAAGGUAUAAUUUAUUAUUAAAAUACAUGUAUGCAGUGCCCAAUUUUAUUAAUUUUUAAUAUUCAUAAAAUAUAAAAUCAUCAUGACUUAAAGCUAUAUAGUUGUGGAAUAGUAAAUUAAGAAAAGAGAGGGGGUAGUGUGUGAGGGCUUUGUUCCCACGACUUUUUCUAAUAAUUAGUGUUAAUACUUAGAUGGUAGUGGUCAACCUCUAACAUCUACGGUUGUCUCAUGAAAUAAAAAGGUUCACGCUGCUACUGAUCUAACUUGAUGUUACAAUAAUAUGAAUAGCUAUAAUAUGAAUCCAUAAUAGUGUUUGGUAAAUAAAUAUUUAUUCAAUAAGUAUAAAGUCAGAUAUUAAGUAAUUAAAACUAUUUUAAAAUAAUUGUUCAUUACCUAUAUUUUCAAAAAAUCCUUCCAGACCUAUAAUGUGGAUAUAACAUAAUAUAAUUCAAAUUUAUUUUUAGGUUUUAAUUUUUAUAAGUAUAUUCAAAUUCUUUAAAAAACAUAACACAACAUAUUUCUAUUUGCUUUUUAAUGAAUCGUUGCUUUUUAUUUAAAAUGUUCCAUAAUAUUUACUGUCUGUGUGAUAAAACCAUACAAAUAUCCUAUCUAGUGGGAUAUAUGAGUCUUUUUCACUAUCAAGUUGUUUAUAUAAAUUAAAUAAUUUUAUUAUUACAUUUGUUUCGUAAUAUAGUUUUACAUUUAAAACUAAAUCUGUGAUGUAUCCACCUUCCUAUAAUACCUAUUUCUAGUAUUUAUUAAUUAUUUGAUGUAAUGUUAGUUUAUGGUUUUAAAUAUAUUUAUUUACUUACCUGACAUAUUAUCUAUUAAUAUGGUAGUUAUUUUGUACCUAUUUACCUAUGGAAUUUGUAUAAGUUCAAGGUGUUUAAAAUGACCUCGACUAUUUGAGUGAUAACCUCACUUGGUAUAAUUUCUUAAUACAGUUAAUUCCGCUUAAUGUGGGCAGCCGCCCAUAAUAUUGGUAUUAUGAUCUUAUUUGGUCUUGCUAUUUUGGCCCCUUACCGACUCAAUAUUAUUUUGCUUAUAAUUCGGAGUUUAUUUUUGAUUAAAAAUUCAGCAUGAGUUUGCACUCAGGUAACAUAUUUAUAGCUGGUGAAUGUGUAUGUGUUAAAAGAAUAAUUCUUUAAAAGUGUGAACUCAUGUUGGAUUUUUAAAAAAAAUUUAAAGCAUGUUGGGUAGGUAACAGGGGAUCAAAAUAGACACUGUAGUAGUCAAGGUAACCAAAUUGUGAUUACCGGACUUGGGUGGAACAUUUAACCGAAUAGUACCAUUAAUUACUUGGUUCUGAGUAAAUAUAAAUUAAACAUUUUAAAAAUAUUGAAAAAUAAAACUUUUAUCAAUUAAAUUUUUUCUUAUAAUUGUGUUAUAUUGAUAUACAAAUUUUGUAUACAUAAUGAAAUCAAAAAAAUAUAUAUAUCAUUCAAGGCUUAAAUUUACAUUAGCUAUCAAUAAAAUUUGUGAUCUUGGUUUUAUUUUAUGUCCUUCUCUAAUCCUAAUCCUUAUAUUGAGAAAGCUUUGAAAAUGUUAGGUUUCAUGAAACCUAAUUUGAAUGAUUUUUUUUUUAAUAGCUCUCUCUGAAUGUGCCCUUGUUUGAUCAAUUAUUAAAUAUGGCUCUAUAUUUGGGACUCCUAUACUAAAGUGUCCUGCAAGCAAUUAAAGCGCACAUUUCUUAAACAUAUAGCUUUCCUACUCAAAAUUAAACACCCACCGUAUGUCUAUGAUCUCAUCCUCUGUAAACUUAAUUUAAUAAGCUUAGACCACCGCAGACUUUCUGCUAAUUUUAGUUUCUUUUAUUUUUUGAUUGCACAUUCUUACUUUCAAAACUUGAUUUUUAAAUUUCUUUUCGUAUUAUCUGUUCAACUUGCAUGUUUUCACCUCCUUUCUACUAUACUAAUUACGAAUUUAUAGAUUAUUGAACUUCUUAUAAUGUUUCAUUUUAUUUUAUUAAACUCUACUGAUUAUUGAUUACAAAUUAUUAUUAUCAUUAUUGAUUUCAAUAAAUAUUUUGUAUAGGAUUUAUCUAAAUUUAUCUAUAUCAGUUGUUAACAUAAUGCAUUUUUUUUUUCAUGUUUCAGAUUCGGUUUAUAAAAAAAAAUUAUAAUAAUAAUCAUUUAACUACUAUUAUGAUUGCAAAGGGAACAAAAUGACUUGUAGUGAUUUGACUCAAAAACCAUUUUAUUGUCGAGAAUGGGUGUUCCAAAAACUGUUACAUUGUUUCGAUCAGAGGAGCAAUUGGAAAACAUGUGGGGCAUUAUUAGUUGGAGGUGCUGGUUGCGGAAAGACUGCAUUAUGUUGUGAAAUUGUUCGACCAACUGGUAGACAACAACGAAUACUAAACAGAAGACUUAUAGCUUAUCAUUUUUGUCAAGCUCAAAAUAUCAAUACACUAUCUGUUACACAUUUUAUUCAAAGUUUGGUUUCGCAAUUAUCUGAAUCAUUGCCUAAAUCAUAUAAAGAGAGAUUGAAAUCUGAUUCAGAGAUACGGGAAUCUUUAUUACCGAUAAACCUAGUAAAAGAAGCUGACAAUGCAUUUAAGAAAGCCAUUGUCUUUCCUUUACUGGAUUUAGAAACACCAAAACAUACAAUGUUCCUUUUGGUUGAUUCAGUAGAUGAAGGGUUAUGUAUUAAUGAAAGAUCUGAUCCAAAAUCAAAAAAUAAUUCAAGUAGAACUAUUGCCGAAUUAUUGGCUACUCAUCAUCAUUUAUUUCCACAAUGGUUAAUGCUUAUCUGUACAACACGCAGACAAAAUAAAAAUGUAGCUCGUAUGUUUUCUGGUUUUCGGAAAAUUUGUCUGGAUGAUCUUCGUAAAUCACAAGUACACACAACUAUUUUUAAUUAACAAUAUAUAUUUUGUUUUUUAUAAUUUUUUAAUACAAAUUUAUUUAUUUUGUAACAAACAAAUGUACUUAAAUAUUAUUUUUUGGUGGUUUAUUCAAAGGUUGUAAGAGAUAUUCAACAAUACAUUUUAAGCCGUCUGGAAUCUGAGGAAUCUUUACGCCAGCAUAUGAGUAGAGAUACAGCUGAAAUGUUGAAUCAAUUACACAUAAAAAGUAAUGGAUGUUUUCUUUAUUUGGAAAGGGUAUUAGAUGGAAUAUCUGAUGGAUGUGUAGUCCUAAGGGAAAUUAAAGACAUUCCAGGCACACUUAAUGGUUUGUAUUUGUGGUUUUGUCAAAGACUUUUGAAUUCAAAACAUUUUUUAAAAGUAAGUACUUAAAAAAAAAAUAAUUAUUAGAACUAAAAAACCAUAAUUAUCCUUAAUUUUUAUUUCAGGUGAGGCCUUUAUUGAAUGUGAUCUUGGCAUCCCCUCAACCUUUGUCUGAAGAACAGUUGAGUAGUAUUAUACAUUCUACAUACCAAUACAUGGCUGUUGAAGAAUUUCACAAGCGGUUUAGCUUAUUAAGAAGAAUAUUUUCACUACCAAGAGAUUCAAAGACAAUACUAUUUCAUCACAGUUUUGGAGAAUGGUUUCUUGAUGUCAAACAUUGUACUAGAAGGUUUUUAUGUUCUGCAAAUGAAGGACAUGCUAUGAUAGCUAUUCAUUAUUCAACUAGGUAUAUAAAAAUUAUUAUUAUUUUCAUGAUUUGUAUACAAAUUUAUUAGUAGUUAAAACCAUAUUUUACAAAUUUAGAUGUUCAAAGCCACCUACAUGCGAUGAAACACAUAAGUUGGCUUAUCAUUUAUCAAGAGUAAAUCCAUUACCAGUUUGGACAAAUUUUUUUGAUCCAAAUUUAUUACCAUUGUUAUUAAUGAUUGACAGUGGAGCUCUAAUUUCUGAGAGUAUGGCAAUUCCAUGUUAUGAUAGAAAAGCUAUUCAUUUUCUAGAAGAAAUCAAUAACUGCUUUAAAUCGGACACUAAUUUAAAAUCAAAUAAUGUAAAUAGUGUAUUAUGUUUAUUUCAAAUUUAUUUUUUUUUCGUUUUUAUUGUAUAUUAUAUUUUAAAUAUGACUGAUAAUUUUUAUUUUUAGGCUGAGUCAAAUUUUGGACUAUUAUCACCAAAAAUCGAAAUUAAUUCAACAUUUUAUUUAAAUACUUUAUUACCUUCAAAUUUAUAUGAAGUUGACAUCAAUGGCCGUAACACUUUACAUUUGCUUGCUAUGGAUGGAAAUUUAAGUGUCCUCCAGGAUCUAUUAAAAGCUCAUUCCGAUGUCAAUUUAGAAUUGAAUGACAAUAAUGGUCAAACACCACUCAAUAUAGCUGCACGCCAUGGCUAUCUUGAAGUUGUAGAGGUAUUAAAACUAACUAUAUAAUAGUUUUCCGUUAUACAUCAAAAUACUAGUAUCUAUGUUCAUUUUUUGUGUACAACUAUGUUUAAUUUAUCUAAAAACAUACUUAUUAUUGAAUUAAAACUGUGUUAUAGUUUUUAAGUAAUGAAUAAGAUCUAAUUUUAAAUUAUCACUUAUUGCAUUUAUUAUGGCUUACCAAAAAUAUCAAAGUUUUAGUUAAAAGUUCAGGGAUUAUAUGCCAUAUUAAUUGUUUUUAUUACAUUAUUUUAUUUUUCAGCUUCUCUUAAAAUACAACUGUAAAGUGGAUCAUGCAGAUAUAGAAGGAUGGACUGCUUUAAGAGCUGCUGCUUGGGGAGGCCAUUCACAAGUAACAUUUAUUUUUUUGAUUUAUAAAAUAAUAAAUAAUUAUAUUGUUUAUCUUAUUGUUUAGGUAGUAGAGUUAUUGCUAAAACAUGGUGCAAAUGUAGAAUGUUCUGAUUGUGAAGGACGUGGAGCAUUACGCGCAGCAGCUUGGGGAGGUCAUGGUGAUGUUGUAGCAAAAUUACUAGAAGCUGGAGCAAACCCCAAUACUACUGAUGGUGAUGGUAGAACUCCUUUGAUUGCUGCAGCAUAUAUGGGUCAUGCUCAUAUAGUAAACAGAUUAUUGGAUCACGGAGCCAAUAUCAAUCAUCAAGAUAGUGAUGGACGCACCGCUUUGAGUGUAGCCGCAUUAUGUGCACCCACCAAUGGUGGAUAUGCCAAAGUUGUUUCGUUAUUGUUGGAUUCUGGCGCUUUUGUCGACCAUGAAGAUAAAGAUGGAAUGACACCUCUACUUGUUGCAGCAUUUGAAGGCCAUAGGUAUUAGAAUAUAUUACAUAAUACAUAUUAUAAAAUUGAAAAUUAAUAUAAAAAUAAACUACUGAUAUUAUGUUUUUUUGUAGAGAUGUUUGUGAAAUUUUAUUAGAAUCUGAGGCUGAUGUUGAUCAUUGUGAUAAAUUAGGCAGAACUCCUUUAUGGGCUGCUGCAUCUAUGGGACACCCUGCUUGUGUUACACUGUUACUCUUUUGGGGUUGUUAUGUAGACAGUAUAGAUAAUGAAGGGCGUACUGUACUCAGUGUGUCUGCGGCUCAAGGAAAUAAUAUUGUAGUAUCUCAACUACUUGAUAGAGGUAUGAGUGUGUUUUGAUUUAUUAGCCUUGAUUAUUUUUUUUGUUUAUUAAAUACUGUAUCUAUCUUUUCAGUUAAAAUAUAAUAUUUUCAACUGUUGAUUAAUUUUAUUUAUUUAUAGAUUUAAGUAAUUUCCUAUUGUUAUAAAUUAUAAUUUAUUAACAACAAUUGUGGUAUUGUUUAAUUAUACCUUGGUGUCUAUUUUAGGUCUCGAUGAACAACACAGAGAUAAUUCCGGUUGGACACCAUUGCAUUAUGCUGCAUUUGAAGGACAUCAGGUUGUCUGUAGAACAUUGUUAGAAAGUGGAGCGAAAAUAGACCAAACAGAUAAUGACGGAAAACCACCUUUAAUGUUGGCUGCAGAAGAAGGACAUUCGGAAUUGGUUAGUGAAUUUUUAAAAAAUUAUAGUGCACCGCCAGAUCAAAAAGCUCAUGAUGGAAGAACUGCUAUAAGGUAUUAUUGCAAGUUUACAAACCAGUGUGAACUAUAAUAAUGACUGAUAAUUUAUUAUGUUUAAAUAUAGAUUAGCUGCAUUAGAAGGUCAUAUUGAAGUAGUUAGAAGUCUAUUCGAAUAUGGAGCUGAUGUUAAUAAAAAAGAUGCUGAUGGUCGUAGUACACUCUAUGUUCUUGCCCUUGAAAAUCAUUUAACUAUGGCUAAAUUUUUUAUUGACCCAGGCAGAGCAGAUGUAGAAAGUACUGACUCUGAGGUGUGUAUAGUAUUUUUAUGUAAUAUAUUAUUAAAACCGUGUAUAUUGUAUCAUAUAUAUAAUUUAGUAAUAAAAUGUUUAAAUUUUGAGAAUAACAAGAAAUUAAUUGAUUUUACUUUUAUGUGUGUUUUUUUUACAGCAGUAUGAAAUUACUAUUUGAUGCAUUGGAGAUGUUAUUUUUUGAUUUUCCAGUAGUUUUCAUUAUAGUUAGAAAUUGUGGGCUUAAAUUAAAGUUUACAACAUUAACAAUUACAUUAUUUUCAAAACAUUAGGUUACUUUUUUAGCAUUUGAGAUUUUUUAGUUUUUAUGUGAAUUAUUGUUUUGGACUAUUAGAAAUACUUGAAAAUUGUACACUAGGUUCAUCGUAUGUAGUGGUAAAAAAAAUAUUUAGAAAAAAAGAAAGACAAUUUAGUAGUUUAAUUUUGAAGAAAAUCAUAAAAUCAUAGCAUUUUAAAACAUGUUUACCUGAACUUCACUAAAAAUUAUAUUUUGAUAUUUAUAGGAAUUUUACAUUUAUAAGUUUUGUUUUAGUUUUUAUUUGUUUUAAUGUGAAUAAUACUAUUAAGCCAAACAGAAAUGCUUGCAAAUUUAAUACAAGGUAUAUUAUGGUUGUUUGGUAUAAAAAAGCCAAGCGGAAUGGAGUAAUUUUUUUAUAAGUGUUUUAACAUAAAAUUAAAGGAUUUCAAAACUAUAUGAUUGUUAAAAAAAUAUGUAACUGAACUCCAUUUAGAAUCAUAUUUAACAAUGAUUUAUCCUUGCUUGCAGGUAUAAAUUAAAUAAUUUUAUGUAUCCUACUUCCCAUUUUUACUUUGUAUUCAAUUCAAUGUUAAAUAUUUUUGGUCUCUAUUAUAAUUAAAGACAGGAUUUUUAUGUUCUGAAAAUCCGUAAAAAAAAAAGAGCAAAAAUUAUAGAGGGGUUUAAAAGUAUCUUCUCUAACAGUUUUACAUUACAAAUAAUAUUUUAGCACUACAAAAAUGAUACAUUUAAAGUGAUUUUUGUUUAUAAUAUGUAAAAUUAAAAAAAAAUUAAUCAUUAUUUUGUGUAGUGUUUUUAAUUAAAUUUAAUAAGUUAGAGCCAUUAGUGAGGUACUUUUAAACCCUUCUAUUAUUUUUGCUUUUUUAAAUGGUUUUAAGUACUUUUUUGUGGAUUAUAAAAUAAUAUAAACCUGGUCUUUAGUUAUAAGGUUAUAAGUUAUAACCAAUUAUUAUUUUAAACCACAUUAUAGAGAGAAUUUGUUCACUAAAAAUUUGAAUAAAUCAUUUAUUAAUAAUUCAAUAAUUAUUACUUAACUAUUGCUUGAAUAAAACAUUCUUUAAACCAUUACAUUCAAGAUCAAUAAAUGUUUGAUAAUAAAUAACUAAUUAAAUCUAAUAAUAACUAAUUUUAAAUAAUCUAUCCUAUUAAAAUAAAUUAUUUCUAUAUUUUAUGUAAAACAACCAAUUUGUAAAAAAAAAAAUGUUUAUAUUCAGUCCUUUUUACAUUUUGACUAUGAUAUACCUGAUGAUGAAUUUUUAAUUCAAAAGUAUAAUAUACGUAUUAUUUUUUUUACUUUAUUAUUUUAUUAUUUUUAAACAUUGGAAAAAUCAUUUCAAAUAAAUAUUUCUGUGUAUCAUUAAAUUAAUGGUAAGAACCUAUGUUUUAUAUAGGUUUAUACUUAUUUAUAUUAUUACUGAUUUUAUUAAAGAACAAAAAAGCACUAGGGUUUUUAAUUAUUAUAUUCCAAUAUUUCAGGGUCGCACUGCUUUACAUGUUAGUUGUUGGCAGGGUCAUUGUGAAAUGGUGUCCUUGUUGUUAAAACUGGGAAAGGCUGACUUAAAUGCUACUGACAAUGAAAAUCGAACUCCUCUUCAUUUAGCAGCUUGGCAGGGCCAUUCUAUAAUUGUUAAAAUGUUAAUUGAACAUGGUGCUAAUGUAAAUCAUGCAUGCAACCAAGGAGCAACUGCAUUAGGUAUAUUAUUAUUAUAUUUAAUUCCUAAUUUAUUUAUUUUUUAGAUUUUUUUUAAAUAUUUAAUAAUGUAUUAUUUAUGAUCUCAUAUUGUUUAUAAUGCUUAUUUCAUAAUGUUAAACAAGUUUUGCAUUCAGAAUUUAAAAAAAAUUAUUAAAACCAUUGUUAUAAUUUUGAAAACAGUUAUAAAAUAUAUGAAAAAGUAUAUUACAGGUUUUUUUUAAAAAAUGUAUAUAUUAUUAUGUAUGAAUGUAAGUUUAAACCUUACUAAAAUAUAAAAAAUAUAUUUUCAAAUGUAAAUAUUAGAUUUAAAAUAUAAAAUUUUUAAUUAUAUCGAAUAUUAUUCAUAUAAUCAAAUAUUAAAUACAUUUAUUUAUUUAUUUCAAUAUUGAACUGUCGAACAAAUUUUAGGUAUUGCAUCUCAAGAAGGUAAUGAAACUUGUGUUCGAUUACUUUUAAUGCAAGGUGCAAAUCCAAUGGUGUCUGACCACUGUGGACGAAAUGCAAUAAAAAUUGCUGCAAAAAGUGGCCAUGAAAAUAUAGUUAAACUACUUGAACAAUUUUGUCCAAUAAAACCAGAAAUUAAUAGUAUGAAUAAUAAAAUUUAAAAAAAUGUUGAUUAUUAUAUUCUUUAAAAUAUAAUUUUAGGUAAUGGAUUUAAUACAACUAAUACUUCUUGUGGUUCUGGCUCAACAUCUGAAACCAAACCAUCUUCAGCAAUAUUAGUAAAUCCAUUGUUAUCUUGUUCUAAUCAUGUCAUUGUUCAUGAUUCUUCUCCUAUUGAAUCGCCAGAUUCAACAGCUAAGAGAACAUCCUUUGUAUCCAACUACAGCAAAUCCAGUUCCAAUUUAACAGAUAGUACUAAAAGUUCUCAUCAAGACUUACCAACACAAGUAAUAUCUGUUUAAUAGUAAACUAUACUUAAUAAUCUUAUUGUAUUUAUAUUUAGUUAACACCACUGACAUUUACUCAAAAGUUACAACAAUGUAGUCGUCGUAUUAAGUCUAGACCUACAUCUAAAGUUCUUAGUCCCUUACAAAGUCCUAUAUAUGCAACACCUCCUCACAGUCCCAAUUUGGAAGAACCAUCAGCUCCAAGUAUUCAAGGUAAAAAUAAUAAUAACUAAAUUAGAAAUAAUCUUAUAAAAUAAGAGUUUAUGUUUUAUUUAUUAAAAUUUAAUACAAAAUUUUAGCAAAAUUUUUGGUGACAAAAAAAAAAUAAUUAUAAUUUUACGAAAACAAUUGAUAAUCUAGUCAAGGUAUAGUAGUGCAGUCUAUACUGCUCUACUAUACCUUGACUAUUCUGAAUUUUCAAACAUGUUAAACAUCAUGUUUUGUCAAAAAAAAUUUAAAUAUUUAAAUUUUUAAUAAACUAUAUUUCUUUAAUUGUCAUGAAUUUAAUCCUCAAGUUAUACACCUGAAUUUUCUAUGGCUAUCCAGAAAGUAACAAUUGUUUUGGUAUGACCACAGUGGGAGGGCUAGCACCGCCAUCUUGGCGUCAGGUGUUUACAGUGGAGUUUUAAAAUGAGUGCUUCAAUUGAAAAUACCGUCAGUUGUGAAGUGAGAACUGUAAUAAGAUUUUUGUUGAUAGUGGUAACCAAGUUUACCAACCACAAUUUCAUGAACAAUACUCUGUGGUAUUCGGGGGGGGCAUAAUAUUCUGAGAAUUUCCAUUUAAUUUUUGCCACCAAUUCAUUACUUACAAGACUAGGCUUACCACUAUGAUCCUCAUUAUGAACAUUGGUUUGGCCAUUUUAAAAAUCAAUGCACCAUUGCCUUACUCAGAUUUCUCUCAUUAUUCCUUGGCCAUCCACAUCACUAAUUUGGCAAUAAAUUUCAAUUGGUUUGUGGUUUUUCGCCAACAAAAAUUUUAUUACAGCUCCUACUUCACAACUGGCAGCAUUUUCAAUUGUAGUACUCAUUUUAAAACUCCACUGUUAUCAAAGUAUGAUAGGCACGAUGUGUACAUCUGUUACUUUCUGGACAGCCCUUGAUUAGGCGAGUCUUGUCUUUUAGUAUUUUAUUUUAAUAACUUUUAAGCUAACCAUAACUUAAUUUAAUAAAGAUAAAAUAUGAACCUUAAAAUUUAAUUAUUUAGUGUUUUUAAUCUUACCUUUUGCAGUAAACUGAUGGUAUUUAAUAACACUUUAAAUCACCAACAAUAUAUUUCUAUUUCCUUUAAUGAUUUAAUUAACAAAUAAAUAAACUCACCAGUAUUCAAGUAUCAAGUCUAUUAACUUAAAAAUAUAUUUAUAUACUAUUAUUAGUACUGGAGUUAGAAAAUUUAUUUAAACCAAUGCAUUGUAAUUAUACAUUAUUAAUAUUAAUAUUUAGGAGUAUUAUGAGUAUUAUAUUCUGUAUCAAUGGAUGAUAUGCUCAACAGACCGAUUUUUAUUUAAAAAUUAAAACCUUUUGAUAAUAUAAACCACAGUCCAUAUGUAAAACUAUGAAAUAUUUUAGUAAUUAAUAUUUUUACUACGCCAUAGACUCUGAGCUUAACAUUGUACAAUGUCCGCAGCUUAGUACAACACGUAAAAAGAUUAAAAAUUUCACUACAUUAGAAGUUGCUACAGUAAUAGAUGACAGUNUGAAAUAAGUCCAAAAAUACUUAAAGAGCUUCCUAAGAAGGCCAUCAUUCAUUUUACGCACAUUUACAAUGCUAUUUUGCGUAUGGAAUACAUUCCAGAACAAUGGAAACGGGCACAAGUCAUUUUGUUGCUCAAAUCAGUUAAACCACCAGAAGAUGUCACAUCUUACCGUCCCAUAUCCCUCCUUCCGAGUUUGUCUAAACUCUUAGAGAAACUUCUACUUAAACGUCUAAAACCAAUUAUAGAAGAAAAACAUCUUAUACGGACCAUCAGUUUGGAUUCUGUAACAAACAUUCGAAAAUCGAUAAAGUCCAUCGCAUUACUAACAUGAUAAGUAAAGCUCUUGAAGAAAAAAACAACUGCCACAUACCUGGUGUCCACUUCUUGAAUCAUAUUUAACCGACUGUCAAUUCUGAGUCAUACAUGAAGAAGCAGUAACCGAAUGGAAAAAUAUAUCAGCUGGAGUACCACAAGGUAGUGUCUUAGGACCUAUUCUUUACCUACUUUACACAGCUGAUAUACCAAACAAUGAUAACAAUGACACCAUAAUGACAGCUAUGUUUGCCGAUGAUACGGCAAUUUUGUCGACAAUUAAGAAUCAGCUGACAGCAACUGACAACUUACAAGCAUCAAUUAAUAACAUUUUUGCCUGGACGAGACGUUGGAAAAUUAAAAUAAAUGGUGAUAAAUCAAUACACGUAAAACUGAAAACAUUCCAAUUUUACUGAAUCAAACUUUAAUCCCACAAAAAGAUUCAGCAAAAUAUCUUGGUAUGCAUCUUGACUCUCAUUUAAACUGGAAACAUCAUGUCGGUCAGAAAAAAUACAGAUUAAAGAAAAUAUGCGAAAGCUCUAUUGGUUAGUUGGACCCCACUCUGAGUUAACUAUAGAAAACAAUAUAUGUAGCUAUUAUAAAACCAAUUUGGACCUAUGGCAUUCAACUGUGGGGUUGUGCUAGUAGGUCUAACAUUGAUAUAAUACAACGUUGCCAAAACAUCGCUCUUUGGACCAUCACUGCAGCCUACCGGUUUGAAAGAAAGGAUGCCAUUCACUGCGAUAUGAUGCUGCCUACAAUAGCAGAAGAAAUCCAAAAGUUUGCUCGUAAACACGAGAGGAGAUUAGAGGACCAUAUCAACCCAAUGGCCAUCAAACUGUUAGACAACUCCAAAGACAUUAGAUGCCUUAAACGUCUGAAACCAUACAACUUAGUUUAAGUGUUUAAAUUAAGUACAGGAGCCACUUCAUUGGAAGUGUGACUUUAUCAAUGUGUAAUGUAUAUAUAUUAUCUUCUAAUAUGUAAGAUUUAUCCUGUUAAACAUUUUUAUAAAGACCAUCAGGUCGUUUAAAUAAUAAAGCCCCAGGGCAUUUAAAAAAAAAAAAAAAAAAUAUAUUUUUACUGUUUGAUAAGUAAUUAAUAAAUAAAUCAUUUCUAUUAAUAUAAUUUUAUGAUUUUGUAAUGUUUUUUUAGUGCUAUCAAAUGAUCAUUUUUCGCGUGACACCCAUAUGCGUAUUAUACUAGGGAAUAAAGCUGUGUUGAAAAAAUCUACUUCUGAUUCUAAGUACUUCAUAAAAAUAAUUAUAUUAAUUAGAUAUAUGGGUAGUGUUUUAAUCACACUUUAUUUUACAGCAAUAGCAAAAAUGUCGGAAAUCUCAAGCAAAAACGUAAUGGUAUUGUCACUAACCCAGCAUUAAGAAUAAUGCCAGCCAUCCGUAGUGGUUUAGAAAUGGCUGCUGGACGUAAGAAUAAAACUCCUCAUUUGCCUACAGAUAGCUUUAAAUGGAGGAAAGAGACUCCAUUGUAAAUAUAAUAUAUAAUUUAAUUAUGAUCUAAAGUAAGUUUUUUUUUUUUUUUUUACAAGUAUUUAUUUUUAUUGUAUAAAUUCAAUUAAAAAGAUUGCCAUUUUGUUUAUGCUUAAAAGUAUAAAUCUGGAAAUGUAAAAAUUAUUAACUCGAAAAUAGGUAACUAACACCAUCAUUACCAAUCUUUUGGAUGUAUAAUAUCUAUACAAAUUCAUAUUAAGUAAUAAUUUAUUCUUUAGAUUUAUAGUAGUCUUAGCUUUUUAUAAAAUCAAAUUGAUCUAAUUUUUGAUAAAAAAUUUAUUUUUUUAUGUCUCCUUUUAUCCUAGAGUAUGGUGAACAAUAAAAUAUUAUUAUGUUAAUAUUUCAAAUACAGUGUAACAGAAACUAAGUAUUUGUUAAUAUUAAAUAAUUUUAAAAAAUUGAUUCCUAUUUAUAUUAAAAUAAUAUAUUUAGAGUAAUUUAGAAACAAAAACCAAAAAAAAAAAAAAGGAUAAUUUGUACUUACUUUAAUCUUAUAGUUCAAUCUAAUUAUUAUAAUAUGGUCAACAAGUGUUAUAUAAUAUUAAUUGUGUGUUCAGUGUACAUAAAAUUAUUUUUUCACUGUGUGACCUUUUUUACCCAGGUAUUAAACAGUUUUAUGAUUUAUUCACUACUACUACAAAUUGUAAAUUACUGUUUGUGUUAGAAUAUUUUUCUAUUUAUUCCUGAAAUCAACAGCCUAAUAAAAUAAAAAUCACCAAUAUGUUGCUGAGAAUAUUUACUAUUUUUAUAUUAUAUUAUAUAUAUAUAUCUAUCUGUGUGUUGCUGUUAAUAUUUACAGUAUUAGAAUAAAUUGCCUUAUAAUAUUUUACAUUUAUCACACAAUGUCAAUUGGCUAGUAAAGUAUCCAUUUUUCCUUCAUUAUUAUAAGUAAAAAAAUUAUUUUUCUUUUUUUAUUAAUUUUUUGAUGAUAAGUUGACAAAUAUCUUACAUCAUAUAUUGGUUUAAAAUGAUUUUUAUAAAAAAUAAAAUGAUGUUAUUUUGUUUCAUACAUUAGGCAUAACACAUAAUGUAUUAUAUUAUAAUUUGAUUUAGUUAUAUAAUAUAUACACACAAAAUAUUAAUUUUAAUAUUAAUACUUUCUAAUAUUUUCAGAACUGAUAAUACAAUGUAUAAAUAAAAAAUAUUUAGUAUCUAUUAAAUUUAAUUCAGGUAAUAUUGAUAAUAUAUUGUUUGGGGUACACAAUUUCCUAUUAUCAUUAUGCAAUUAUUAUUUCUGGUAUAUUCCAGAAUAUAUAUACAUUUAAAAUAUAUUUGACAAAUAAAAAAUGCAUUUGUUUAACUUUAUAACUUAUUAAAUAACUAGGACUAGUAAAAUAUAUGGACAACCAACAAAUUUUAACUAAAUUGUUUGAUAAUUUUUAAUAAUACAUUUUGGUAAGUUAAAAUUUGUUUUGCACUUGCUGGUGACCUCAUGUACUUAACCAAUUCUAUUUCUACUUGCCCAUUCUUGUGUUGAAUAUCUUAUAUUUGACAUCAGUAAAUAGGCUACCUCAAAGAUAUCCAUAGUUUGAACAUGUUUUAUGAUUUUAUUAUAAUCGAAUCUCUAUACAUUCUAUUUAAAUUCCUAGUUUUUAUUUUACCACCCAAGUUAAGAUAAUUUAUUUUUAAACUUCCACUACUCCGUGUUAGUUUUGGUUAGUUUCAUGUAUAUUAUCUUCCUUAUAUUCUUUUUAACAAAGAUUUGGACUGACAAUGGUGAUAAUAAUAUUCAUUAAAGUCCCAUCAAGUUAUGGUCAUAUACAAUGGUCUCUAGGUUGGAGAUUGCUUCAGUUAUUUAAUAACUAUAUAAUAUAUAUGUGAUAAUACAAAUUUCUACACCAAUAAAUUAAUGUAGACUUUUCCACUUUUACCCUAUUAUUAACUUAUUUUACCUUUUUAAAGUAGGUAUAUUAUUUUCUUCUGAUUUUAUAGGGCCCUAACCAAAGUAGUUAUGGGGAGGGUAGGAUGCCAAGAAAUUAGGUACCUUAAAAAAGUUUAGUGAAUUUUUGUUUUGGGAAUCACAGAACUUAGAAUUUGACAAUUAUUUUUUUUAUAUUAUACUUAUAUAUAUUAUUAUUUUAAGAUACUUUGUUAAGAGAUAUUUAAUUUUUAUUACAUUUAAAUGAUUUAAGUUAAAAUAUAAUAAUAAAAUUAUGCCUAUGUUGUUUGUAUACGAUAAUAUUUAAGUAUUACAUUCUUUGUGUGUAUGUGUGUGUGUGUGUGUGUGAGUGAAUACUUACUAACAAACUACUUAUCUAGCUUGUAACAAAAUAUACAGUAGAAAUUGACAAUUAUAAUGGAUCUAUAAGAAAACCAAUGUCCAAUUUUCCUAAUGAUUAUUGAAUCACGUGCAUACCUAAUAACAAAGAUUAAAUUUUUCAAUCACUUUUUUUAAUGAUUUAUUGUUUUAUUAAACAACUAUUUACUAACCAUAAUAAAAUUCUAUAAAAUAUUGAUAUUUUUUUUAAAAAAAAGAACUAAAUAUGUAGAUUAAUAUUAUUUAUUUAAUUUAUUGAUUUAUUCAUAUUACCAUUUGUAGUGUAUGAGCAUAUAUAAAAAUGAAUAAUAGGUGUUUAAUUAAAAAAAUGUUCCAUUUAUAACAGGCAACAUUCCUAUUUUUAAUAUAAAUUCAUUAAAAAUAAAAUUAGGUUAAAUAUAAAAAUAGAAGGUUUCUACUGUAUAUAUUGAACAUUUUAAAUAAAUUAUUUAUAUUAUUAAACUUAAUGAAAAAUUAUACAUCACAUUAAUUUUGUAAUUCAAAUAUACCUUUCUAGUCUUAUUUUUAAAAAAAAAAAUUGUUUUUUUUAUAUUUAUGUAUAAUAUACAAUAUUAUGUAAUUCAACAAUAACAAUCUUUUUUCCCUUUUACUAUAUAAUAUUAUAAUACUGGUACCUACAGAUAUUUUGUAAGAAAUAAUAUUUUUUCUUUACUACUUUAAGUUUCUAGUCAGUACAUAUAUAUAUAUAUAUAUAUAUAUUAUACAUUGAUACAUUGUUUAAAUAAUAAUUUAAUUUCUAAAACUUGAUAAUAUGUUCUACAAGUAAAGCUCAACAGAGGAUAAAUAUAUAUAUAUAUAUUUUUUUUUUUUUUGUGUAUCUAUAAAGUUUUUUUUAUAGUUGUGAAUAAUAAUAAUGAUUCCAAUGUGCUGUAGACUGAUAGAUUUUUUUAGAAAUGCUUUAUAUUUAAAUAAACAGAACAGAUAUAUUUUAUUCAGUAUGAUUAUUAUAUUAUAUUAAUGUAUUUUUUUUUUGUUUACUUCUCUUUCCACCUUUAAAAAAGAUAGUCUUACCAGUAUAAAUGAUUCAAAAAGAUGUUUACUAAAUAAAAAAGAUAAAACUAAAAGUGAAAUAUAGACCUUAUAAUCGUAUUAUCACUUUGGGAAAUUUUAUUUAGACUUAAAUAUAAAUCAUGGUAAAAACCUUAAUAGCUUGAGUGUUUAUACAAUCAAACAAUCAAAAUUAAAUUCUUGAAGUUGAUGCCCAAGCAUUACUUGCUGAAAGUAAGAACACUGAAUUUUUCAUUUGAAAUCGGUUCACUUUAUGCAAUUAAU